CACUUUUCAUUCAAGGACAAGAACCAAAGAUGGCCCCUGCCAAGAAGAUCGCCGCCAAGACCACCGCUGCCAAGAAGGCCGUCAACACCGCCCGCCGCGUGUUGAAGGGCAAGCACGGCAAGGUCGUCGAGAUCCGCACGAAGACCCACUUCUACAAGCCCAAGACGCUCGCCUUGGCCCGUGCCCCUAAGGUCGCUCGCCAUGCCGUCCCCCGCCGCAACAAGAUGGACAAGUACCGCAUCAUCAAGUCCCCCUUGACGACGGAGAGCGCCAUGAAGAAGAUCGAAGACAACAACACGCUCGUCUUCCUCGUCGACAAGCUCGCCAACAAGCGCCAGAUCAAGGACGCCGUCAAGCAGAUGUACGACAUCAAGGCGUUGAAGAUCAACACCCUCAUCCGCCCGGAUGGCCAGAAGAAGGCGUACGUGCGCCUCACCGCCGACUACGAUGCCCUCGAUGUCGCCAACCGCAUUGGCAUCAUCUAAACGGUGUGUAUCUCGUGGUGCAAACAUUGGUUCUUGGCGUUCUUCCUUUGCGUUGAUUCGUAAUCGAAUAAUGGAAAGGAAUGACGUGUCC